ACCACAUCGAUUCAAUUAACUCAAAACGACAGAGUACUGUUGAAAAAAAGCUUGAUGCAUUAAUUGACAAAAUAAAAAGCUUACCGGAUAAUCAAAUCUUAAAAAUAGACCACUUAAUUAGUACAAUGAUAUAUUUUAAAGGUAAAACAAAAGGUGAAAUAUUAUCACCAUACUUACAAAAUAAAGCAAAUGAAUUCGUAACCAAAUCAUUGAACCAUCAGCUUAGAUCAUUCUAUAUGAAGCUUGUGCAGGCAGAGGUGGCAAAAAAAAUUAUAUUUCUAAGAUUCAAUCUAUUGCUCAAAGAUCAAAAAAAAUUACAAAAAAUCAAUUUCAAAUGGUAG